AUGGCUCUCUCAACUCCGCCCCGAGGCGUUCGCCCGGGAGAUUUCCUGCUUGUUGUCCAUGAUUUUGAUGCGCGAGGAACGGACGAGCUGACUUUGCGACGAGGAGAAAAGAUUGAGCUGGUAGAACUCGAUGAAGGGUUUGGAGAUGGGUGGUACCUGGGCAAAGAUCUCAAGACAGGGACAACGGGUCUCUUCCCUGGUGUUUACACAACUGCCGCCCCAAAGAUCCCAAUUCGGCCUGCGAGGGAAGAUGAAGUUGACAUGGAUGGUUCGAAAAUCGAUGGCGAUGAAGGGCUAGAUCAGAACCCAAUUGCGGCUGAGGCCGUGACCUCGCCCUUGAGCGGAGAAACCACUCCCCAGGCGUCGCGACAUACCAGCGCAUCGGAUAUACAAGUACCAGAUUUAGCGACAGACCUCGACUCAAUGCAAUUCUCUCCCAAACAACAGCAGCGCUCAAGCUCGUCUCCUCUGCCCACUUCGAAGUUGGCUGUUGAUAUCCAACAGUCGAUCAGACAGACUUUGGACGGUCGAUUAAAUGGCCAGGACAGCCCAGUCAUGAACGAGACUUUGAGUGUUAUUGAUGAACACAUUACCGACCUGAGCACACCUCGUCAUAGCGUUAUCCCCCCAGAACAGAAGGUGAACAAUGAUUCAUCCAGCGAAUAUAGCAACCAUCUCGACCACCGCGUCUCCUACAUCCGCGGCCAUGAGACGGACGAAGAAGAAGAAAACCAGCCAACGGAGGCGGAAGUGCGGUCUUGGAAUGCAGCGGAAACCUCGAAACACUUGCGAGAGUUGGGGGUCGAGGAGAAACACUGUGACAUAUUCCAAGAGCAAGAAAUCACUGGCGAUGUACUGUUGGAUAUGGACCAAGAUUUUCUCUUCAUGAAAGAGUUCGACUUUGGCGUCAUGGGCCGCCGAUUAAAGACCUGGCACAAAGUCAAGGCUUUCCAGGAGGAGGUUAGGGAUAUCAGGCAGCAGUCACAGCAAGGUCGUGGUUCUGCCUCAAGUUAUCCCGCGUCGUCGGAGGAAAGGUCGCUCAGCAGGGCCAGUCAUGCCGGCCCUUUUCUUCCACGGAUCCCUCAUCUGUCUCGAGGAUCGGCUGGUUCCAUGCAGCACCCACGACUCAUGAGCAGCGGUGGACCGAGCAACACUACUUCCCUGACUUCCCAGACUCCAAGCUUCAUGGACCAUAUGAGAAGGCCCUCAGCGGCCUCCAUUCGAGACAUUAAUCAUCACCGUCGUCAUUCAUCCAUUGACGCUAGUCACCGUAUGUCAACCGUGAUGGAUCCGGCAUCCCACUUUGGCCAUGUUAAACAGCCCUCAUUCGAUAGAGCCUGGACUAUGACCAGUGGACAAAAGAUGCCCUCUCGCUCGAGUACUUUGAACGAAGGGAUCUUGCCUCAGCACGCAUUUCGACGUCCAGAUACUAACGAGUCCGACUCUGCAACUUCCAUUUCCGACCGCCACGAUGAGCUUGAACGCGGGUACUUCUCGGGCCCUGAAGGUGACAACACGAAGAGUCGGAGGUUGUUACAGAAACGAACUUCUGUGGCUGGCAGCGCGAGCCACUCCAGGAAACCCAGUUACGCCGAUGAACAUCUGACGGUCAACAAGCGACAUUCUCGCGUUGGCAGUGUUGAUUCCAUUCGAGAGGUGGCUAAGGCAACUCCAGAUGCCAUAAGUGCACCAGUCACUUCUUCACCCAAGGGCCGUUUCAGGAGUUUGAGCACUCGUGUCAUUGAUCGACGUGGCCAGUCGUCACAAACAUCUAACACCACCGCAGCAACAGACAAGCCUAGCGCUAGCCCCGGUUUCUUCGCGUCGUUCUCGCCACUUGCCCCCUUCGUUAACAGAUCGGACACCGACGGCUCCACACGCUCUUCCAAAAGUACUGGGGCUAAAAUUCGACGCGCUGCCGGACUUCGAGCUAUAUCUGACGUCGUUGGUAAAGGAAUUGAUACGUCUGUUGCUCCAGGUUCACCCAUCAGAGAUACCGACCCAACCUCAGCCAGAACUGGGUCGACUACCCCAUCCACCUCGAAGAGCUCGGAAAGACAUAGCACUGAAAGUUCGGUGAAGAAUGCAGAGGGUGGGAUCUCCUUCCCACGCCCGAGAGCCUCUGUCAAGUCCGGCCCAAAAUCGAAGAAAGACACAAGCGCUUACAUGCGAGGCUUGGAGAAAAAGUCUCCACAGGAGCAAAUGGAGGGUUGCGACUUCUCUGGCUGGAUGAAGAAGAGAUCCUCCAAUCUGAUGACCACGUGGAAGCCACGCCUGUUUGUUCUACGUGGCCGCCGCCUGUCCUACUACUACUCUGAGAAUGAUACGGAGGAAAGAGGCCUCAUAGACAUUACCGCCCACCGUGUUCUUCGAGCCGAUAAUGACCCGAUUGUUGCUCUGCAUGCAACCAUCACGGGUGCCACGGGGUCGCCAACAUCCCCUUCGCACUCGAAUGGUAUCGAUAUUCCAGCAGCAGACAGGUCUUCUAAAUCAUCUCCUUCAGGCACCAAGGUUGUUGGAGAGGGGCCCUUCUUUUUCAAGCUCGUCCCCCCUAAGACAACUCGCACCGUUCAAUUCACCAAACCCGCUGUUCAUUACUUCCAAGUGGACAGUGUGAAGGAGGGUCGCUUAUGGAUGGCUGCACUGAUGAAGGCGACCAUCGACCGUGACAUGAGCCUGCCGGUUGAGACGACAAAUAAACAGAAGACGAUCAGUCUCAAGCAAGCCCGGAUGAUGAGCCAACGACCCCCUGCACUGAUGACCGCAACAGACAUGCAGGAGCAGAGAGAGGAGGUCAAGAGUGAUCCACCGUCAACCGGCACAGAGGAACGUGGGGGCCUGAGGAUCAAAGGCUUGUUCGACAACGCUCCUGUUGAUGAUGAUGAAUACAGGGAGGACAACGCAUCCUUGAAUUCUCUCGGUGAUAUUGAUGCCGGUCCACCAUCUCUUCUACCCGAGUCCCUUGUUGUCAAAUCUGACCAUUGA